CAUCUGACCUCCAUCAGUACUUCUUCCGGUUAAAAUGGUCAUGCUAUCUGUCAAGUAACGCGUGAUUUCAUCAAAUACAUGUAUCCAAAAUGGAUGGUUCUGAAUCUCGCGGUAUCGUGUAGAAAGGAGCUCAGUUUCUUCUUCCUGAGGUCGGCGCGUGUGCUGUUUGAUUUGCUCGCUAGUCUAAAGGUUUUUUUUGGUGUGUCGCUGAGCUGCUGUAGUAGGGAUGAUGAUGAUGGCGGAGUUGGUACAGGGACAGGCCUCGGUGGCUCAGCCUGGAACGAAAGCAGAUGGCUUCGCCGACGCUUUACACCGGGCCCGACAGAUUGCGGCGAAGAUGGGAGGUGACCAGAUGCCCCACAUGAACAACUCUUCUCCAGUCUUAGACCCCUCUCUCUAUGGCUACGGAGGCCAGAAGCGCUCAAUGGAUGAUGGAGUAGGUAACCAGCUGGGUGGAAUGGUACAUCAAAGGGCUAUUAUGACAGAAGACUUCAAAGUGCCUGAUAAGAUGGUUGGAUUCAUCAUUGGAAGAGGAGGAGAGCAGAUCACGAGAAUUCAGUUGGAGUCAGGCUGCAAGAUUCAGAUAGCUGCAGACAGCGGCGGCAUGAUGGACAGGGCCUGCACCCUAACCGGAAGUCCAGAGAACAUUGAGCAGGCCAAGAGGCUGCUGAGUCAGAUUGUGGACCGGUGUCGGAACGGCCCGGGGUUCCACAGCGAGAUGGACAGCAACAGCGCCAUCCAGGAGAUCCUCAUCCCUGCCAGCAAAGUGGGCCUGGUCAUUGGCAAGGGAGGGGACACCAUCAAACAACUGCAGGAGAGAACCGGUGUGAAGAUGAUGAUGAUCCAGGAUGGCCCCAUGCCCACUGGAGCAGACAAACCCCUGAGAAUCACUGGGGACCCCUACAAAGUGCAGCAAGCACGAGAGCUGGUGGUGGAGAUCAUCCGGGACAAGGACCAGGGAGACUUCCGGGCCAGCAGGGGAGACUUUGGAUCCAGACUGGGGGGAAGCAGUCUGGAUGUGGCAGUCCCCAGGUUUGCUGUGGGCAUCGUCAUUGGCAGGAACGGAGAGAUGAUCAAGAAGAUCCAGAAUGACUCUGGGGUCAGGAUCCAGUUCAAACCAGUGUCCCCCUCUCCUUCAGACGAUGGCAUCAGUCCCGACCGGAUUGCCCAGGUGAUGGGCCAGUCUGACCGUUGCCAGCAUGCAGUGCAUCUCAUCAAUGAGCUGGUCCAAACGGCACAGGUACAGCAGGCCUCCCCAGACCAUUCUCUAGCUGGCUGGCUCCCGGACAGGGCCAGCCUGGCCCCCUCUCAAGCUUCUCUGGACCCCCUAGCCCUGUGGCUGGGUGGUGGGGGGGACCUCCUCAGACAGGUGUACAGACAGGAGAGGGAUGGCUUUGGGAGUCCCGUGGGGCCCAGAGGCCGGGGCAGAGGCCGUGGAGACUGGAACAUGGGUGCGCCUGGUGGCCUGCAGGAAGUGACGUACUCGAUACCUGCCGACAAGUGUGGCCUGGUGAUUGGAAAAGGUGGCGAAACCAUCAAGAACAUCAACCAGCAGUCCGGAGCGCACGUGGAGCUGCAGAGAAACCCGCCACCUAACACUGACCCCAACGUGCGCAUCUUCUCCAUCCGCGGCACCCACCAGCAGAUGGAAAUGGCCCGCCAGCUGAUCGAUGAGAAGAUUGGGGCCUCAGGAAUGGGGGGCAACAGCAGUUUUGGUCUGAACCCAUUUGGACAAGGACCAACUACCCCGCAUCAGAAUGGACCCCAGACAUUCCUGACAGGAGGAUGGGGCACAACAUAUCAGACAUGGCAGGCUCCGGGCCAGCAAGACCCCAGUCUCAAUGGUUCCCAGACCGGCCAGAUGGACUAUUCCAAAGCAUGUCAGCAGAGCCAAGCCCAGAGCAGUGGCUCUGACUACAGCAAAGCAUGGGAGGAUUACUACAAGAAACAGAGCCAGGCAGCAGGCCCCGGCUCCCAGCAGAGCUCCCCUCCGGACUACAGUGCUGCCUGGGUGGAGUAUUACAGACAGCAGGGGGCCUACUAUGGCCAGGGUGCACAGCAGACACCGGCCCCAGGCCUUCAGAGAGGACACCCUUUAGUUGAAGAUUUUUGAAUCACUGAGAGGAUGAAAACAAACCUUUUGUAACAGAGGUUUCUAGAUUUGCAACGCCUUGAAGACUUUUACUUUUUUCUUAGUGAGAAACACUAGCUGUAGAAUGACUUAUACAAUUUAAAAAAAUAAUAUUUCUAAAUCAGGAACAUUUAAUUGUUACUAAAUACUUGUGUACACCAUUAUUUUGAAUUGACAAUUUCCGGGAUCCCUUUUGGAUUUAUGAGAGAGCUGUUUUGUUUUCUAUUUUUUCUUUUUUGAUUCAAAUUACAUUGCCAAAACGAACCCCGGAGUUGUAACUUUUCAGUAAACGCAAUAUAAUCUAUUUUUUCUAGUUCUGUUGCAAUAAAAUCGCAAUUAUGGGCUUAGCAGUCUUGAAUUAUUUUUUGUUUUGUCAUAAGAUGUUUUAAGAAUGUGUAAAAAUGUUUUCUUUUCCUUUUACAAAAAGCAUUUUAAUUCAGUGAGAUGAAACUGUGAUAUUUUGUUACAGGAAAAUGUAUAAUUUUGUUGCAAAAUACGAGAGAUGUUGGCAAAUGGCAGUCAAUUCCUAAUUUAAUUCCUGUUGUGCUUUGUAUUGUUUUCCAUUGUCUUUUAUUGUACUCUGGUUUAAAAAAGGUGCAAUAUCUUAUUUCAUUUUUGAAACAAAGAUGGAUUCUCUAAUAUUUUGACAGGUGUUUAACUUGUAGUUCUUAAUUUUUUUUUUUAGGCAUAUGAAAAUGUAAUGAAUAAUUUAUUACAAUGAUCUGAUAUGGGAAAGGGGAUGUUGCAUUUUGUGAGUUAUUUGCCUUUGCUAUCUUGUAAAACUAUGUAUGUAUGCUCAGAUACUUGACUAAAUACUUUAUUUAAAAAUAUAUAUAUAAUUAAAUCAAAGAAGUUUUUUUCAUGGAGUCAUUAUCACAGGAAAACUGUCCCUGUUUUUCUGCUGUUUUCAUACUGAAAAUGUUCAAAGAUCGUGAAUGUGUCAUUUGAAAUUUGAUGUUGCAUCUUGCUAUGGACAAAAAUGAGAAAUGCCAGGUUUUUAUGUAUGUUUUGUACCUAAAUAAUUCAAGACUGCUAAGCCUCUGGAUUCUACCUGUGUAAUAAUUAAUUGUAGUUUUUUAUAUGCUAAGUAUUACGAUCAAAAUUGUCUUAUUUGGUACCACCCAGUUUCCCUAAUGCCCCAUCCAGUACACACUGUGGACUCGUGUACAGUCCAAUGCUAAACUUUUUAAUUCAUUUUUCUUUCUACUUUGUGUGAUCUAAUAUAUGUAUGAUUGAUUAGUUACAAAAUGAAUCUAGUGUUAACUUCAUUGCUUAAUGAAAAGGGAUAUUAUAAUUUCAAAAUGUUUAAUUUUAGUGUUUUUUCCUCAUAUGUACAGGUAACCGUGUAUUAAAAACGUCAAGACUA